AUGGGAGCCUCGAUGCCCCUCGUGGGCCGAAGUCUCGCUAUCUUCACCGUUUCAGUUGUGAUGAUGUCUAUCGCCAUUGUGACAGUUUUGUUACGAAGUUUUGUUCGACUGAAUAUCCUUCGGGCAUUUGGCUGGGAUGAUAUUUUGAUGGUCGCUGCGUUGAUUCUGUUUAUCCUUUUGGAUGUCUGCUGCGUAAAUGGAGCAAUGCAUGGAGUAGGACACACGCGAACAGAUUUUACGAGUAUGGAGGUUUAUAAGAAAGCACUUGUGUGGUGGUGGCUCGGUCAAAUGCUCUACAUAUGGGCCUCGGCGGUAGCCAAAAUAUCAAUUUCCGUUGCGCUCCUCCGGUUGGCCGUCGAAAAGUCUUACCGAGCGAUACUUUGGAGCAUUAUUGGUGUUGUCACUGCUAUCGGACUUAUGUUCUGGCUUGUUCUACUCUUUGCUUGUAAUCCAAUCGCCCACUUCUGGGAACGAGUGGAUGGAACCAGCACGGGAACAUGUCUUCCCAUGUCCACACUUGUGGCUAUCGCUUAUUUUUACAGCUCUGUGACUAUAUUUUGCGAUAUAGCACUUGGCCUGUUACCCGCCUUCCUCGUCUGGAAACUGCAAAUGAAUAGCCGGACGAAGCUUGCAGUAGGGGGAAUCCUCGGGUUAGGGGCAAUUGCGGGCGUGGCAGUGAUAUGCCGACUUCCGUUUUUGCGAUUUUAUUCCGAUGAUAAUUUCCUUUACUCUACCUACCAAAUCGCUAUCUGGUCAGUCAUUGAAACAGGACUCGGAAUUAUAGCAGGCAGUCUCAUCACUCUCCGACCUCUAUUCCGCUGGCUCUUGGAUGAGCAUUCGACUCGUAAUCACAAGUCACCUCAUCAAGGAAAAUAUUCAAAGCCAUACCGACUGUCCAGCUUGCAAAGUGAGGCUAUAAGAGGAUCGCAAAACACGAAAUACUGGCGCCCUGAUGUCGACCCCGAUGGCCACCAGAGUACAGUUGUCGCAGCCUCAUCGCAGCGGAGAAAUAAACUCAGUAUUAGCAACAGCAGCCAGGAAGCCUUGUACCCUGAGCCGAUGUCACCAAAUCAUGUCACGAUACAGAAGACCUUUGUACAAACAGUGUCAGAGGGGAAUAAAUAG